AUGAACCCCCCGACGGACACGUUUCCCCGCAACGACUGGCUGGGCAGCGAGCCGCUCUUCGGGCCGCCGUACCGCCCCAUCGUCGACGACCACAUGCACUUCCGUGUCGCCGCCAAGGAGUCGUCUUUCCGCUGGGCCCAGUUUGCUCGCGAGAACAGGCUCGACGAGCUCCCGGGGAGCGAACAGGCGCUCGCCGUCGCCGACAAGGCGCUCCAAUUGCAAGUGGCAAUUCGUGCCCACGGCUUUUCACCGCGGGGCAGCGAGCGUGUUCCCGCGACGUUGGAACGUUGGGCCAAGUUGACUGCAGAGAUUGCAACGUGCUGCAUUGAACUGGCAGGUCUCCAGCACCCCCUCACCGAAGAUGCCGCAGUCGUCCACGACGUCGUCCACGGGGGCCUGCUCCUCACGUUUGUGCCGUACCGCGACGCGAUGUGCCCCACGCCGCCUGUGCGGCUGGCCGCCGCGAGCUGCCUGGCGUUCGUCAACACGGUCGAGCUCGGUCCGCCUCCAGAGCUCGUGCCUUUCGGGCCCACAUUUUCGUGCAUGGACACCGAUCUCGCCUCGAUGGUGCACAAGUGGGUCAGCGAAGAAGAGGCCAUGGUCGCCAUGGCUACUCUCAAGCGGCCCGGCACCACCGCCGUGGCGUCGGCACGCCCCGCAGACAGCUCGUCGUCGGGUAGCGACCCUUCGGGUAGUUUCGAAUCUUCAACAAACUGCUAG